AUGACAAUUCAUUUCAUUCCUCUGCUCAUCAUUCAUUCUUUUACCUCCGGUAUGACAAUUCAUUUCAUACCUCUGCUCAUCAUUCAUUCUUUUACCUCCGGUAUGACAAUUCAUUUCAUUCCUCUGCUCAUCAUUCAUUCUUUUACCUCCGGUAUGACAAUUCAUUUCAUUCCUCUACUCAUCAUUCAUUCUUUUACCUCCGGUAUGACAAUUCAUUUCAUUCCUCUACUCAUCAUUCAUUCUUUUACCUCCGGUAUGACAAUUCAUUUCAUUCCUCUGCUCAUCAUUCAUUCUUUUACCUCCGGUAUGACAAUUCAUUUCAUUCCUUUGCUCAUCAUUCAUUCUUUUACCUCCGGUAUGACAAUUCAUUUCAUUCCUCUACUCAUCAUUCAUUCUUUUACCUCCGGUAUGACAAUUCAUUUCAUUCCUCUACUCAUCAUUCAUUCUUUUACCUCCGGUAUGACAAUUCAUUUCAUUCCUCUGCUCAUCAUUCAUUCUUUUACCUCCGGUAUGACAAUUCAUUUCAUUCCUUUGCUCAUCAUUCAUUCUUUUACCUCCGGUAUGACAAUUCAUUUCAUUCCUCCACUCAUCAUUCAUUCUUUUACCCGGUAUGACAAUUCAUUUCAUUCUCUACUCAUCAUUCAUUCUUUUACCUCCAGUAUGACAAUUCAUUUUCAUUCCUCUGCUCAUCAUUCAUUCUUUUACCUCCGGUAUGACAAUUCAUUUCAUUCCUUUGCUCAUCAUUCAUUCUUUUUACCUCCGGUAUGA